CACCUGGGAGACUCCGGAGGAAGCGGAGCCGGGGUUCGGCCUCUCCUGGCAACGCUGGAGGCCCCGCGGGAAGGCAGGAGGCGGUGGCGGAGGAGGAGCCGGGCUGAGAGGCAACUGUAGCGACAGCCGCCGGAGCCGCCGCCGCCGCCACCUGCACCUGGCGCCCGGCCCACGUCCAGCGCCCGCCGGCCGCCGCUUCCCGCCGCCCGGUCCUGCCCACCCUCCAGGUAUUACCAUUUAAUGAAACCUGCUUGCCAGCAAAUCCAUGAUAAAAAAUAUAAUUAAAAGCGGAAACUAUAACUGUUAUUUGUCAAGUGACAAGCUUUUAAUGUCAGAAUGACUCAACUAAAGCGACUAGUGAAAUUACAUCUUAAAAGACAUUUUCAUAAAAAGUUCUGGAAGUUUGGUGCAGUAAUUUUUUUCUUUAUAAUAUUUUUGAUUUUAAUGCAAAGAGAAGUAAGUGUUCAACAAUCCAAAGAGGAAUCAAGGAUGGAAAGGAACAUGAAAAAGAACCACAAGAUGCUUGAUUUAAUGCUAGAAGCUGUACACAAUAUUAAAGAUGCAAUGCCAAAAAUGCAAAUAGGAGCACCUGUUAGGCAAAGCAUUGAUGCUGGUGAGAGACCUUGUUUGCAAGGAUAUUACACAGCAGCAGAACUGAAGCCGGUUCUUGACCGCCCACCUCAGGAUUCUAAUGCACCUGGUGCUUCUGGUAGAGCAUUCAAGAUAAUCAGCCUAAGUGUUGAAGAGCAGAAGGAAAAAGAACGGGGAGAAGCACAACACUGUUUUAAUGCUUUUGCAAGUGACAGGAUUUCUUUACACCGAGACCUUGGACCAGACACCCGACCUCCUGAAUGUAUUGAACAAAAAUUUAAGCGCUGUCCUCCCCUGCCUACCACCAGUGUCAUAAUAGUUUUUCAUAAUGAAGCAUGGUCCACGCUGCUUAGAACUGUCCACAGUGUGCUCUAUUCUACGCCUGCCAUACUGCUGAAGGAAAUCAUUUUGGUGGAUGAUGCUAGUGUAGCUGAGUACUUACAUGAUAAACUAGAGGAAUAUAUAAAACAAUUUCCUAUAGUAAAAAUAGUCAGACAAAGAGAGAGAAAAGGUCUGAUCACUGCACGGUUGCUAGGAGCAACAGUAGCAACAGCUGAAACGCUCACAUUUUUAGAUGCUCACUGUGAGUGCUUUUAUGGUUGGUUAGAACCUUUGUUGGCCAGAAUAGCUGAGAACUACACUGCGGUUGUGAGUCCAGAUAUUGCAUCCAUAGAUAUGAACACAUUUGAAUUCAACAAACCUUCUCCUUAUGGAAGUAACCAUAACCGUGGAAAUUUUGACUGGAGCCUUUCAUUUGGCUGGGAAGCACUUCCUGAUCAUGAGAGGCAAAGAAGGAAAGAUGAAACCUACCCAAUUAACAAAAGCCCUCAUACCUUUCCAAAAGGCACUCAGGUGAUUGCUCGCAACCAAGUUCGCCUUGCAGAAGUCUGGAUGGAUGAAUACAAGGAAAUAUUUUAUAGGAGAAACACAGAUGCAGCAAAAAUUGUUAAACAAAAAUCAUUUGGUGAUCUUUCAAAAAGAUUCGAAAUAAAGCACCGCCUUCAAUGUAAAAAUUUUACAUGGUACCUGAACAAUAUUUAUCCAGAAGUCUAUGUGCCAGACCUUAAUCCUGUUAUAUCUGGAUAUAUUAAAAGCGUCAGUCAGCCUUUAUGUCUGGAUGUUGGAGAAAAUAAUCAAGGCAGCAAGCCAUUAAUUCUAUAUACGUGUCAUGGACUUGGGGGAAACCAGUACUUUGAAUACUCUGCUCAACAUGAAAUUCGGCAUAACAUCCAGAAGGAGUUAUGUCUCCACGCUGCUCCAGGUCCUGUUCAGCUGAAGACAUGUACCUACAAAGGUCACAAAACAGUUGCCACUGGAGAACAGAUAUGGGAGAUCCAAAAGGAUCUACUUCUAUAUAAUCCAUCCUUAAAGAUGUGCCUUUCAGCAAAUGGAGAGCAUCCGAGCUUAGUGUCUUGCAAUCCAUCAGAUCCACUCCAAAAAUGGAUUUUUAGCCAAAAUGAUUAAGUGUUCCUUAAAAUUAAGGAGUUGAAAAGGAGAUAUUUUUUCUCAUAAAACUGUGACUAGGCAUACACUGUAGUUUUUGAAAAUUAUGCAAAAGCAGCUAAUUGUAACUUAUUCCAAGUGCAUUUUUCUUAUUUAUAUCUUACAAUGUCUCUGUAGCGUUGCUACGGAAAUCCCUUGUUUCCAUUUCAAAGCACAAUAAUUAAUAAUACCAAAGACUCUUUUGACAUGUCUGUAUGUAGGGGGAGAUAUGUUUACAGUAUGAUGAAAAUAAUUUUCCAAGUAAAGUGAUGUUUGUGUGAUUUGUACACUCAAGGAUAUGCACAACUACAUUCACACACUCACAACUUAAAAUAUUUCUUCUAGUUUUGGGGAGGAAGGGAGAAAGAUUUGAUACUGUAUUUUUUUAACUACAUACAAAUGGAUCAAUGAAGGUCAAACAUUGGCCUUUAUACACAAACCAGGAAAUUUUUAUAGAUUUAGAAUUUAUUACAUGAAAAUGCAGGUAAAUGUUUUUUUUUUCCUUUUGUUUACUGAUCUGUCAAAUGUUUCCUUAAACAUGGAAUUAAAUGAAUAAGCAGUAAACUAUUUUUAAAACUUUAAUUUCUUGGAAAAUUUUAAAAUAUUUUUUAUUCUGAAGCCCACUUGGUUUGAAGCACUUAAGUCUUUCUUAAAAGACUUUUCUUAAGUAACAAUACUGUGUUUUCCCAAAGCAAUUAAAAAAAAUCUUUUAUAACUUACUAUCUGUUGAAAAGGUGUCUUUUUCCUUCUUGUCUUUUUUUUCUUACCAAAAUUCACUAAUCUUGAAUGUUUGUGAAAUUGAAUUUUAAAUGCAGAAUACUUGACUCAUUUAAAGUGAAAUUUUAUUUGUUACUGACUUAAUUCAAUUUGUUACUGUUCAGUUAAUAGAUUGUCUUGUGAUGAAUAUUUUUCAUUCAAAAAAAACUUCUUUCUCUCUAUGUGGAAAACACAAUAAAACAAAACCUUACUAUUGUAACAUUGGAUUUAUGUAUUUUUCUCUUUUGGAUAAAAUAUAUCAUUGAUAAUAAGUAGGGAAAGUAUGAAUUUUGUAUUCUGAAUUUCUAAGAACUGAUUAUAGAGCCAUCAGAUAUUUCUUAAGGAAAACUCAAACGUUUGAUAAUCAUGGCAUAAAAAAUGUGUAAUGGAGAAGAUUCCAUGUUAGAUGUUUAAAAAAUUUUGUACUAAUUCCUGGUAACUUUCCUUGAGCAUCUGAUAGAGUAAUUUUUUUUUAUGUGAUGCUUAUUUAGGAGAUUUAGCACUUUUUUCUUUUUGGCCAUUUUAUAUAUAAGUCUCUGGUAUUCUUAUUUCAGAGGUGAAGUAGGAUUGGGUUCAUAUUGUAAACCCGGCAGAUCCUCACUUGUACAAAAGAAAAAAAUUAAAUAUUGGUCCCAUCUUCUCAUUAUUUGUAACUUUGAAAUUGCAUUUUUAAAAACCUGCAUUCUUUAAUUUGUCAUAAUUCCAACUUUUAUUUCAAUUAAAGUGCCAUUUAUUGUGUGUCUAACUUUAUGACAAGUUAUGGUAGGCAGAGUAAGACUUACAUUGCCUUUGAGCUUAGGUCUUAUGGAGCAGAAAGAAAGACAUAAUUUUGAAAUAGUAUCAUGAGUGACUUUAUGAUGUUUUAUUUUAUGAUGAGAUGACAGGUCAUUAUUCAUAUUUGAUAUUUUUAAUAAAGAUAUUUCUUUAUUACUAUAACAUACUAAUAUGUAUUGUGAAAUAUACACUAAUACCCACUUACA